AUGGGUGAGAGCACUGGCACCAACAAUAACCACCACAAUGGCCAAGGUUUGAAGAUCUCUGUCAAUAUGCCGACCGACUUCUGCUUCAAAGCUGUCGAUGAUGAUGGCCGACCCCAAAGAACUGGUACUGUUUGGACUGCUAGUGCACACAUAAUAACCGCGGUGAUUGGCUCGGGCGUUCUUUCCUUAGCAUGGGCUAUAGGCCAGCUGGGAUGGAUUGCAGGCCCAACUGUCAUGUUCAUGUUCUCUUUCGUUAUAUAUUACACGUCGACCCUCUUAGCUGAUUGUUACCGUUCGGGGGAUCCAUUGUUCGGCAAGAGAAACUAUACGUACAUGGAUGCCGUCCGCUCCAAUCUUGGCGGAUAUAAAGUGAAGUUAUGCGGUCUGAUUCAGUACAUGAACAUAUUCGGAGUGGCCAUCGGGUACACAAUUGCAGCAUCUAUAAGCAUGAUGGCCAUCAAAAGAUCGAAUUGUUUCCACAAGAGUGGCGGCAAGGAUCCGUGCCACAUGUCAAGCAACCCGUACAUGAUCGCUUUCGGCAUCACCCAAAUCAUAUUCUCCCAAAUUCCGAACUUUGACCAGAUAUGGUGGCUUUCAAUCGUUGCUGCCAUCAUGUCAUUCACUUAUUCGUCCAUUGGCUUAGGCCUCGGCAUCGCCAAAGUAGCAGCUACCGGAACCAUCAAGGGCAGUCUCACUGGUAUAAGCAUUGGGACCGUAACUCAAACACAAAAAAUUUGGAGAAGCUUCCAAGCUUUAGGCGAUAUAGCUUUCGCGUACUCGUUUUCAAUCAUCCUCAUCGAGAUUCAGGACACGAUAAAGUCCCCACCAGCAGAAGCCAAGACGAUGAAAAAAGCCUCACUGUUGAGCACGGUGGUAACCACAUGCUUCUACAUGCUGUGCGGGUGUAUGGGGUACGCGUCUUUCGGUGACCUUGCCCCCGGCAAUCUCCUAACCGGGUUCGGUUUUUACAAUCCAUUCUGGCUCCUAGACAUCGCCAAUGCCGCAAUUGUGAUCCACCUCGUGGGAGCCUACCAAGUCUACUGCCAGCCACUAUUUGCCUUUGUAGAGAAAUGGGCCUUGUCCACUUGGCCCGAUAGCCACUUCAUCUCCCGGGAGAUCCACUUGGCGGGCCAGGCUUACAAGGUCAAUAUUUUCCGGAGCGCGUUUGUCGUGUUGACGACGGUGAUAUCGAUGCUGCUCCCGUUUUUUAACGAUGUGGUGGGGAUUUUAGGGGCGUUUGGUUUCUGGCCGUUGACGGUAUAUUUCCCGGUGGAGAUGUACAUUGCGCAGAAGAAGAUAGAGAAGUGGAGCAGGAGGUGGGUGUGCCUGAAGAUGCUGAGUUUCGGGUGCCUCGUUAUAUCGGUGGCAGCGGGAGCAGGGUCGGUGGCAGGGGUGGUGCUGGACCUCAAGGUUUAUAGGCCGUUCAGGACUACCUACUGA